AUGCAAUUAAAAUUCCCCCAACAACUCCCUCUCGGAAAAGCUCAUCCGGGCAUUCUUCACCAAUAUACCUCCAAUCUCGUCGCCUUCGAAUACACGCACGUCGACGCCCCCAAACCCCACACCCUCAUCUUCAUCGGCGGUCUCUCCGACGGCCUGCACACAGUCGAUUACCUAUCUGACAUCGUCACAGCCCUACAUCACACCUCCUGGUCCGUAUUCAACGUCGUACUUUCGUCUUCAUACACAGGAUGGGGAAUGGGUCGCGUGGGGAAAGAUAUCGACGAGAUUGCGAAAUGCGUCGCGUAUGUACGGCAAUAUAAGCGGGAGGUAUACGGGUCCUCCCUGGGAGGAACCGGGGGACCAGAGGGAGAGAAAGUCGUGAUCAUGGGCCAUUCGACAGGGAGUCAAGAUGUGAUGAGUUACCUGUGCGAGACGAAUCCGCGGCCUCGACAUGCGGUCCUUGAUCGCGACGCGGAGUACGAGGUUGUGACGAGAGGCACAGUGGAUGGGGCAAUUAUGCAGGCGCCGGUUUCGGAUCGCGAAGCUAUCUUGUCGGUGGUGGAGUCUGGGACGGAGAGAGAGAGCCCAGAGUCCAUGGGAGUGUUGUUGACGGAUGCGGUGGGGGAGGCGGAGAGGAAGACCUACGAUUAUUAUCACUAUUCUUCUGGCGAUGGGCGUGGCUCUACGUCUACGUCCACGUCUACAGAUGGGGAGGUUCUCGUCACCGAUACGCUUGUUCCUUUGCAGGUGACUGCGCGCAUCGGCUACGGCGCCUCCACGGCGGUUACUAGUCGACGGUUCUUGAGUCUUGCGAGUCCGCGCAGUCCGGAGCAUCCGGCGGAAGAUGAUCUGUUUAGCUCGGAUCUGAGUGAUAAGCAGCUGCGGCGCACGUUCGGGGUGCUCGGGACGCGAGGCCUGUUGGGGCCCGGCGGUAGGCUGCUGGUGCUGUAUUCGGGGCGCGAUCAGUCGGUCCCGGCGUACGUGGAUAAAGAGGCGCUGAUGGGUCGGUGGAAGACGGCGGCCGGGGAAAGCUGGGAUUCAGGGAGUUUGGUGAUUCCCGGGGCGUCGCAUGCGUUGAGUGAUGAUGAUCAGAAGGAGCCGCGGAGGGUGUUGGUCGAGAGGGUGAUGGGGUAUUUGGAUGGUGUGGAGAUUUCUCACACAUCAUCUGAAUUUGCUCCAGAUAUUAUCCGCGCCUGUACACCACACCGACUCAAGGAGCUCAAACGGUUUUCCCGCCUGGGAGGUCCAGACACCUCAGAUCUUCGGGAUCACUUUAAGCCCAGCGAAGGGUUCUCAUACUUUCCGACCCUGUCUCAGACGCAAGACUCGGAGCCCUCGUUGGCAAAGAUGAAAAAGACCGGCGGGGUGACUGCCUCCUGUCUGAACUUCGAGCAGCACCUGAUUGAGCAUGAGGUCUUCCUCGCGGGGUGCAGGCGCCUCGAUGGUAGAAGACUAGAUCCGCCGCAGGACCUGGCCAUCAUCAGGCAGCAAUUAUCACAACGUCGAACCUCUCUUUCCGAAUCGAACUUUUCCGCCAAUGACUUUCAGGACUUUACAGACGCGGAUUUGCAGGCCAGAAAAGAGCACCACGUUAAAGCAUCCAUCGUGCCCAUCAUCGAAGGCAGUCAGAGCGACUCCAGCUGUACCGACGGGGACAGAUACCCUUUCACGAAUCUGUCGCCCUUAACAGACGGGUUGCUGGUGCCUGCGACGCCCGAUGACUUCUCCAGCGCCCCGCCCGAUCGCCUAGAUGCUCGAAUUCGAAGUGAUCUGGAAGGACAGAUCGUCCCCUCAGCGGAGACUUAUCUACCGAUCGCUCCGAACUUCUUUUUGGAAGUUAAGUGCUCCGAUGGGUCAUCGGCGGUGCUUCGUCGGCAAGCUUGUUAUUACGGCGCACUAGAGGCCCGGACAAUACAUGCGUUGCAGACGUUUGGGCAAGGUCCUCCCGAACCAGCAUACGAGAUGCCACUUGCGAUUACUGUGGCGUAUACCAGUGGCACCCUGCUAUUAUAUGCGCAUUCUCUGGUGGUGCCGGAAAACGCCGACGAUGGGCCCCUAUAUGUCAUGACGCAACUGGGAGGUUGGUGCUUAAUGGGAGAUCUGAAAAGCCUGCGACAGGGCUUGAUGGCUUAUCGCAAUGCUCGCAAUUAG